AUGAUGUUUGUUAUGACUAGGGCUUCACUGAGCUUUCGCUUGUACCGUCAGGCAGAUAAUGUCCCUCCUAGACAGGCGGAUUAUUGCGUUGUCUGCGAAACUCGACACCAGGCUUUACGUGCACUUUUGUCAAUUACUGAGCCGAACACAAGCCUCAGUGUUCAUGAGCCACAUAAUGCGGCAAAAUGUUGUCGGCACUCUACAGCAGCAAUUGGCAAGCCAUCAGCACAAUGCUCCUGGGCGUGGCGUACUAGCCAUCAUUGCUCUGACUAUACAGGGCUCAGACACGUCCUGCGAGCGGAGUCUUUGCCUCCCUGA